CCGUCCGAGCCUCGUGUGUGUCACCACCACCUGCCGCGCCUGCUGGCCACCACCUGAGAGUGGUUUAAUUAACUUCAUCGCCUCACCUGACUACACCUGACUUUAAUUCACGUCACCAAAAAGGCGAUAACUCCCCCCACUUAAUUUUUUGGAGAGUGUAGCAGCUUCUCCAGUGCCGUCGUUGUUUCGCCAGGUACGAGGAUGGGUACUGAGACGCGGCUGUCAGUGCUGGAGUCUUAUUUGGUCUCCCUCACCUCCUCCAACCCUUCCUGGGGGCCUCAUGACUUUCAGGAGAAAAUACCACCUACAGGGACCUUCACAGACCGUCUACAGCAGGAGUACAACCCCACUAAGAGAGCUCAGAUCCUGCGAUCAGUUGACAGAGACGGAUCCUUCGCUAGAGAUCCUGUACCAGAUGGGCCCUACUCUUCAGGUUCUACUACGGAUGUUUCAGGAGCAGCAGUGAGGAUUGAGUGGAAUCCUAAACAGGGGCGGUACCUGGUGGCUGCAAGGGAUAUUAAGGCCGGGGAAGUGGUGUUCGGAGAGGAGCCGUUGGUAGUAGCUCCCAAGCCAGGCGCAGGGUCCACUUGUUUGGCUUGCCUGAGGGCACUGAAGGAGUCUUGGGUUGGGUGUAACGGCUGUGGCUCUCCACUGUGUUCACCACACUGUGGAGGCGCUGGCCAUACAGCCGAAGAGUGCAAGAGACUGACUGGGUUGGGUUUGAAGCAAGAUUCGAGCAAUAAGAACUUACUGAUCAAACAACUCAACGUUCUCCUGACGCCGCUAAGAACGUUGUUACUGAUGGAAAAGUCGCCAGGAAAGGCCGCCGUUAUCGCUGCGCUCCAGAGCAACGCAGAUUUAAGACAGAAGCUGCCUAUUGGACGCUUCGUGGAGGAAAAGGUGGCUGGGCCUUUGCGACGCCAACUGAGUCUUCAGGUGGGAUCGGACAUAGUUCAACACCUGUGUGGUGUGUUCGACACCAACGCCUUCGUCAUUAGCCUCGGCAAUAACAGAUGUGGACGUGGGCUAUUUCCUCUCGGAGCAUUAAUGAACCAUUCCUGUAUUCCCAACACACAGCACUGGUACAAGGACGGUGUGUUGAUUGUCCGUGCAUUGAAAGACAUCCCCAAGGGCGAGUCCCUCACCAACACCUACGCGCCUACACUCUGGGGCACUCAAGCCAGGGCAGCUCACCUAGCCGGCUCUAAACUCUUCACAUGCACCUGUGAGCGUUGCCUAGACCCUACAGAACUAUGUUCUCACAUUAGCUCCGUCGCAUGUCGGGGGUGCAAAGACGGCCUCCUGGUGCCUCCAUAUGCUCCCCGGGGACCUUGGGAGUGUCAUAUCUGCGGCACUAGUGUCUCUUCGGGCGCUGUGGAGGCCAUGGUGCGGGCUGCCGGGGCUGCAGUGAGCCGUGUGCCUCAGGGAGACAAGGCUUCCCUCAGUGCCACCGUCGACCAUCUGUCUAGGGUGGUGGGCGGCGGGCACUAUGUUACCGUAGAGCUCAAGUUCGCCCUGGUGCUGGCCAUCAUGACCCAGCCUCUCUCAGAUGUGACCGAGGAUGACCUCUCAAGAGUGGUGGACCUGACCAAGGAACUGCUGCGGUUGGCUGCCUGUAUCGACCCAGGAAUGUCCAGAUUUAGAGGAGUGUUGCUGCUAGAGUUGAUAAAGUCAGUCACUGAGUUGAUGAAAAGACGGAACAUUAACUGCGUCGCUUCGACGGCUGCCGCUACUACUACUGAUACAACUUCUACUACUAUAUCUGCUGAUGACUUGGAUGAUGAUAAUAAUAGUAAUGAAGAUGGCGACAGUAAGGACCACUCUACCACCAGCCUCCACAAUAACGAUGUCCAGUCCCUCCUAAAGCUGAUGGAGGAGUGUGAGGCGAUUCUGCAGUAUGACGGGCGCCUGGAUGAGGUACUCCCCCUCAAGCUUGACCUCCAGCAUCUGCAGCACCUGUAUUUUACCUCAGAAAGAACGACUCAAAAUUUUGUAAUAGGGGCUGAAGUUUCUGAAUAGGCUCUCAAAUAUUCUGAAUUGGGGAGAAAGAGUUCUGAAGGAGGAGGAUAUAGAUUUUUAAUGAUUGAUGAUUCAGAGUUCAAGAGUGUUCAACAGUUUAAUUUUAGGAGGAACAUUCAAGAGUUCAGAGGAAAUGUAAUAUAGAGUUCCGUUCAAGAGUUAAGUAUGAUUUAAAGAUUUGUUCAAGAAAUUUAUUUUAAGGGAUUGCUUAAGAGUUUUAAAUGACCACAGAAGAGUUUUAUUUUAACGGAGAGCAAAAGUUUUGCUUCUCAAGAGUUUUCUGUUUACACCACUUGCUAUAUUAUACUGUAGUUGUACAGGCUACAUUUGUUAUAUAUUUCUAUACUUUUUAUUGUUCAUGUUUGUUUACGAACGAUUUGUUAUAUAUUUCUGUACUUAUUAUCGUUUCUUUGAUUAUGAAGCAUUUGUUAUGUAUUUGUAAUUUAACAUGAUGUGUUGUUUUGUCUGGAUAUUUGUUUAUGGCGCAUUUGCUAGAUAUAUACAAUGAAAGACAAAAGUCGUGUCGUGAAAUUUGGUGAAAAUAUUUGCCGUAGGGCUAAGCUUUUGGUGCGCUCUGCCUUGUGGUAGGGGGCUCUCAUAAUGUUUCACGAGUUAUAUUUAAUUUCCGGACAAAACCGUGAUACAACUUUUGUCUUUGAUUGUACAUCUGAAACACAAAAACAUGCAGAUCAACACAAGAUGCGCGAAUUUUUAAAUUCCACUAAAACAUUUUA